AUAUUGCCAUAUGAUUACCUGGUAGCUUAUUAAAAAAAAAAAACUGACGCUUGCACUAAAUAUAUCCUCGUUGCACAUCGAGGGGGGAAUUGUACUGUUCUGUCCCUCAAACAAGUAGCUGAGACUUUAGUUGAAAUGGAAGGACAACGCUGGUUACCUCUGGAAGCGAAUCCAGAAGUAAUGAACCAAUUUUUACGACAAUUGGGAUUAGUACCCAACUGGCAGUUCGGAGAUGUUUAUGGUUUGGACCCAGAGCUUCUUACAUUGGUGCCAAAGCCUGUGUGUGCUGUCCUGCUCCUCUUCCCUGUCACGGAAAAGUAUGAGUCAUUUAGACUGGAGGAGGAAGCAAAGAUUAAGGCACAGGGACAAGAAGUGUCACCAGAUGUGUACUUUAUGAAGCAAACAAUCGGAAAUGCAUGUGGCACUAUAGGGUUGAUUCAUGCAGUAGCAAAUAACCAAACACAUCUGGAGUUUGAGGCUGACUCACCACUGAAGAUGUUUAUUAUUCAGUCUUCUAAGAUGAGCCCAGAGGAGAAAGCAACUUUUCUAGAAAAAGAUGAGAGUAUCCGUGUAACACAUGAGUCAAGUGCUCAGGAGGGACAGACUGAGGCUCCGAGUGUAGAUGAAAAGGUGGAUUUACAUUUUGUUGCCUUUGUGAAUGUUGGAGGACAUUUAUAUGAGUUGGAUGGCCGAAAACCUUUUCCAGUAGUUCAUGGAAAAACAACAGAGGACAGCUUUCUUGAGGAUGCUGCGGAUGUCUGUAAGAAAUUCAUGGCACGUGAUCCCCAAGAACUCCGCUUCACUGUUGUGGCUCUCUCCAAAGUAUAAAACACUCAUUUACUUUUUGUUUACUCAAGAAGCAACUGCCAGCCUUUUGCAAAACGUUUGCAUUCUUACAUGGCAGAUUAAAUCUUUGACAAAAUGGUUAUUUGCUAAUAUUUUGCUGAACAUUUAUUUGGCCUGAUGUGUCAUUAAUAAUGAAACACAAAGAAAUGGAAUAUGUCCAUGUAUGCAUUUAUAGUCUUUUUUUUUUAUCAUGUUUCAUUACUACCUGAAAUAUAACUUUGCCUUUCGCUCUGCAGUAAAUACUGACACCCUAAUUCAAAUUAGACUGGAAUUAAGGAAUGGUUUCUCUAAACAAAUGAAUGAACAAAUGAAUCAAGUGUAAAACGUGCUCCAAAGAGAUUCUCUCUUUCUGAUGCAUAAAAUAACAAUAAAGGUUGAAAUCUUUGUAA